ACAGAACGGAGAAAAGAAAGAAUCACUUCAUAAAGUGAUUCAAUUCAGUACGUUCACUCUCCAAAAUUUGUUCGUUUGCGAGCGACCCAACUAUUGUGUUGUAGCUCUUGGCAAGGCUAAUGCUAAUCUAGCCGCUGUAGCGUUACGUUGUUCUCUUCCAACGGUGUUUUCUACCGGCAGCGACGUGACUAAUGUCAACAAACAUGCCGACGGACACUUUGAAUCUCGAGUCGCAGCUUUUAUCCAUCAUGGACGUGCUGGUAAAAGCGGCCGUGUUGGAAAUAAGCCAGUUGUUCUCGGAGAGCUCGACGUCCCUGCGGCUCCACCUCAGCCAGAGCCUACGGGACAACGAGAGCCUGAGGAUGAGGAUGAAAGCGAUGAGGAGCGAGAUCUUCUCCCUCCGCCUGCAGACCAGGAGCAACCGGGCCGUCAGCCGCUUCUCCGCCUUGAGAGCGAAUGUGACAAAAGCCCGAAGCAAAACAACAGUUGUUUUAAAGCCUCCAGCAACCCACGAAACUCCUUCCAUCUCUGGGCAUCUGGCACAUGAGACUUCUCCUGAUAUAAAAGAGCGUGCAGUCGAAGAGAUCCCUGAUAUCAUCCUGAUAAAAGAUGAAGAGGAUACUGGAUCAUGCGAGCAAAGUGAAAGUCAGGACGCCUUUACACAUCCCUCUGUUCAGAGUGAGCUUGCCGCUGGGGCACAGAACAUACACUCUGCGGGAUCUUCUUCUCUGACAGGAAAUAAAGGGGAGCUGAGAAUCAUCAGCAUUCAUGGACGAGGAGAAGGGCCUCUCCAGGAUGAGAUUGAAACCCUCUUUGCGGCAACUGAUCAGCAGGCUUUUAACUCUCAGGACCUUACCCAUGAUGGUUUCCUGAGUGUCCUCCCUGGUGCCAGUAACAGAACCCUGCUAAAAAACACCGAGCUGGACAGAAUUCCCUCCUCUCAGACGAGCAUAUUAAGAACAGCCGACGGUAGGGGAGGACAUCCCAGUCACAUGGACCAGUUCCCCCAGCAGUUGAACCCCAUCUUCCAGUCUCAAACCCUCACCAAAUCCUUAGAUUGCAACUUCUGUGACAUGUUCUUCCCCAACCGCGAGGACCUGAUGGCUCAUCGGGCCACUCACACGGCAGAGCCGCAUAUUUCCUGCACUAUGUGCGGCAAGUCGUUUGCCAACAAAACCACACUGGGCAUCCACAUGCGCAUACAUACCGGCGAGAAGCCGUACGUGUGCUCCCUUUGCGGGAAGCGCUUCACGCAGAACGGCAGCCUGAAGAUUCAUCUGAGGACGCACUCAGGGGAGAAGCCGUAUUCCUGCUCCCAGUGCCCGGCCAGCUUUAACAACCCCAGCAACCUCCGCAGGCACAUGAUUACGCACAACACUAAUGGACCGCUCUGACUGUGAUUUGUGGAAAAGGAUCAAUUAUAGUGCUGUAAAAAAGUAUUUGCCCCCUUCCUGAUUUAUGCAAAGACAACCAAGUAAAUAUACAUUGCCGUUUCUCAAGGAUUUUACUUUAUUAAUGCGAAUAAAAAUCUGCCCCUAUGUGAAAAAGUAAUUGCUCUCUGAACCUAAUAACUGGUUGUGCUACCCUUGGCAGGAAAAACUAAAAUCCAUAAAUGCGACAACUGGUGAUGAGUCUUUUGUAUCGCUGUGGAGGAAUUUUGUCCCAAUCUUCUGAGAAUUGUGAUAACGCAUUCAUAUUGGAAGUGUUAUUCGAGCAUGCAUUGCUCAAUUAAGCUCAUACCGCAGCAUCGAAAUAAAAUUUAAGUUCGGACUUUGAUUUAGCCACUACAAAA